GCCUCCAGAGCUGAGAGAACCUCUCAGUUUGAGAUGUGAGUGGAGGCAAAAGCAUACGGAAGGGCUUCUGCCUUAGUGUAGAGUUUAGCUUUAGAGUUUAUCCCAUCAUGCAGACUCAUCAAAAGGUCACCAAUCCUGAAUGAAUGAAACUCAGAUAAAGGUGGGUGACCUGGGAACUAUGGAGAGGUUCUCCUGCUGCUGCUUUGCAUGGAUUCUUCUGAGUGGAAGUUUUUAUCUGUUGGUUCUUUGUCAACAUGAGAGUCAGAGCAACUUCACCUCCAGCUACUCAGCAUCUCUCCAACUCCAAAAAGACCAAAGGGAAUAUCGACAGCAGGUCUGGGGACUUCAGACCAAGAGUUUGAUUCAAAACUCUAAAGUGCUCAAUAGCCCUUAUGUUCCUCUAUCAAAGCAGGGACUUUGGGAAGUCUUUGAAGGUAACUCCAAGUCCAACUCCAACCCUUCUUUAAAGAUAAAGCUCCCACCCAUCAUGGAUGUUCAAGGAUUAUCUAAACUGUCAAGAUUGUUCACCUGGGGUGACUUUUAUUCCAACAUCAAAACUGUUAAGCUGAAUUUGCUGAUAAUGGGGAAGAUCGUGGACCACGGUAACGGUUCUCUUGGAGUCUAUUUCCGUCACAACUCCACUGGGGUUGGGAACGUGUCCGUCAGCCUGGUCCCACCUAUGAAAGAGGUGGAGUUUGACCUGGAGCGCCAGAGUGUGGUCCAUCCCAAAGAGUCGAAGACGUUCAACUGCAGGGUGGACUACGAAAAAACCGAACGUAGCAAGAAGGUGAUGCUGUGCAACUAUGAUCCAUCAAAGACCUGCGACCAAGAACAAACCCAGAGCCACAUCACCUGGAUUUGCUCCAAACCCUUCCAGGUCAUCUGUGUCUACAUGUCUUUCUACAGCACAGAUUACAGGCUGGUCCAGAAAGUCUGUCCAGACUACAACUCCCAGAACCCAGCCUACCGGCCCACAGGAUAAACCUGGGUCCAGGUUAGGGGGGGAAGAAAGACGCCUUAA